UAAUUUGGGUGUAAUAAGGUGCAUAUAAUGAUUUGGGUGUAAUAAGGUGCCUAUACAACAAAAACAAAGUUUUUCCAAAGUCAAAAGGUUACAAUAUAAAUCAAACGAACAUACAUAAAACAAUUCCUUGUAGGACGAAUAAAAUAGUGAUGUUUGAUGAUUUCCAUGAAACUACACUUCCUUGGAGAAUCAAAAAAGAUUGAUAGUACUAUAGAUACAAAUCCCAAUGUCAAUAAAUGAACCAAAAAUCAGACCAUGUUCAUCUGUUUCUUCUUUCCUUCACAUCCAAUUUACCUUUUCUCCCAAGAUUUUCUCUUCUUCCUUCACUCUAUUUAUACUCCUUCAUUCCUUUUACACUUCUUCACAACUCUCCCUCUUCUUUCACCCACAAAAGGGUUUUUUCUUUUCUUUUGUUCCUCAUAUUCUACACCAAAAGUUUCAAUACAUUCUCUUUCAUAAAUAGCUAAAAACAACUUGUUGAUUGUAGUAAUGGCCGAGUUAAAAAGUAAGUUAAAUAAAGGUCACGCCUUCACAAGCAAAUGUGCAUCCUUGGUGAAGGAACAACGUGCUCGUCUCUAUAUUCUUCGUCGUUGUGCUACUAUGCUUUGCUGCUGGUACAUCCAUGGCGAUGAGUAAUGAGAUAACUCUCAUCCCUUAAUAUAUAUACAUAUAUUUAUAGAUAUCUCCUUUAGUUGUUUGGCAACUCCUACAAGAAACUUGAUGUCUCUCUUCCUGAUCUAUUCUGAUGCAACAAACCCUUUUACAUUCCUGUUGUUUUUUAACCUAAAGGAUCAACCUCUUUAGGUUUUUUUGGUUUGCUUCAUUGGUUAAAUCUUCGUCAAAGAGAGAGAGAGAGAGAGAGAUAGCAAGAUUUAUCUGCCAAACAAGCCGUCUGAAACAGAGCUCCAAAGAUGCUGAUUCUGUAAGAAUUUGAAAGAUACUUGGAAGGGUUUUGUCUGUUUUGGUUUCAUAGUGACAUUGCUUCUGUAAUAUUUUCAGUUUCAUUUCUUUCUUUGUUGCAUCAUGUCCUAGUAAAGAACAAUAAGAGUCUAUGGUAAAUGUUAGAACCAUAUCGAAUAAAAUACUUCUUCUUUUGCAUC